AUGGGUUACACAAUCACCGUUGUCUUUCCUAACGAUAUCGAUGCCAAGUACGAUAUUGAUUAUUAUAACGCGAGCCACAUGACGCUCAUUGAAAAGCAUUGGUCCAAGUAUGGUCUGAAGGGCUGGUCUGUCACUAAGUAUCUUCCGGGCUUGGACGGUGCGGACCCGUUGUAUGCCUUUGGCAGCCAAGUCUUUUGGGAAAGCGAAAAGGCUAUGAAGAAGGCAUUUGAAAGUCCUGAAGUCGCGGAGAUUAUGGCGGAUGUUCCUCGCUUCAGCAACAAGCCCCCAAUUUUCUUGAUCGGCCAGACAGUCAAGCCUGCAUUCAAUAUCUGA